CUUGAGAUCGUCGAAAGGAGCAGCAGAAUGACGGAUUUUUUAUCUUUAACCCAGCUGAAGAAGCUGAAAGAACACAAGUACAGUGCACAGGGGCAGUCGAUUCUGGAACCGCAGAUGCAGAAGUUCUGGCGAUGGUUGGUCGAACAGAUUCCAGAAACAUGGGCCCCAAACACAAUUACUAGUGUGGGGCUCAUCAUCAAUAUCACCACAACACUAUUUUUAUUGUUGUUCUCGUCCGACGCAAAGACAGAGGCACCAAGAUUAUGUUAUUUCCUGUGUGGAGUUGGGCUGUUUCUGUACCAGUCUCUGGAUGCAAUAGAUGGGAAACAGGCCAGAAGGACAGGAACAAAUACACCACUUGGAGAGCUGUUUGAUCAUGGUUGUGACUCAGUUUCCACAGUUUUUGUGGCAGUGGGGUUAACUACAGCGAUGAAAAUGGGUGAAGAGCCAUCCUAUAUGAUGUUUGAGGUAUUGGCAGGGUUGUAUUUAUUUUACCAAGCUCAUUGGCAGACUUAUGUCACUGGAACUCUAAUCUUUAAUAAAUUUGAUGUGACUGAGAGCCAGUUUGGAAUUAUAGGUGUUUAUUUCAUGAGUGCAAUAAUAGGACCUGGAAUAUGGGACACAGUUGUACCAGGGGUUGGUAUGACUUUACGAGCACUGGCAGUGAUUGCCUCGCUUGUUCCAGCAAUUUUUCACUGUAGAGAUAACCUGAAAAUCAUCCUCUCUGGAGGCAUUGGGAAAAAUAAAUCAACAAUUGCUGAUACCAGUACCAUUUUCCCGGUGGUGCCCAUAGGCAUCGUACUAGGAUUAGCCGUUAUGAUUGCGGUCAAGUCUACAUCAAACUUAUUCCAAGACCAUCCAUGUCUAUAUCUCAUUAGCUUUGGUAUGGUGACAGCAAAGGUCACCAACAGACUUGUGAUAGCACAUAUGACAAAGAGUGAGAUGGCGAUGUUGGAUUCCAGUCUAUUUGGGCCAGCCAUGUUGUUUUUUAACCAGUAUUUCAACGUGCUUGUGCCGGAAUACUUGCUUCUUUGGUUAUGCUGUCUUUACUGUACGGCAGAUAUAUUGUGGUACUCCAGAGGAGUUUGUCAAGAAAUUUGUGAUUUCCUGGGGAUCUACUGCUUCAACAUCACUAGUAAACCGCAGAAAGUUCGACAAACAGAUAGGGCAAGUGCCAAGGCCAAGAAAUAAUCAUUCUCUUUAUAUGUCUCACUCCAAAGGCUGUGUUUCAGGAGCUUAAUAUUCCAAAGACAUUUAAAGAAAAAAUUUUAUUAUAAAAAUCAGCAAACCAUGAUUU